GCAUGCGCAAACGUAGACAACAUGAUCAGGGUAUGUAGUAGACUUGGAAGUUGUCAGCACUAUUUCAAGAGUUUCACUAGACGAUUGUAUUGCUUAUCGUGGUCACCUGGCACAACGAUGCUGUUUUCUCCUAAGAAGAUCAAAUGCCAAAAUGACAUCUACCUGACGAAUAGAAUCACUGUUCGAACAGUGACUACAGACACUAUGAGAGGAAAUUCUAGACGAAAUAUUACAAUUGUUGUCUACACAGUUGCUGCUAUAACUGGCGUGGCUGGCUUAUCAUAUGCUGCAGUUCCUCUGUACAGACUCUACUGUCAGACAUCUGGCUUGGGUGGGACCGUGAAAAGUAAUACAAGCGCGAAGAAAAUGGAAGAGAUGCGACCAGUUAGAGACAGAGUGCUGACCAUUAGAUUCAAUGCAGAUAAAAGUGCAAACAUGAGAUGGUCAUUUAAACCACUCCAAUCAGAGGUCAAGGUUGUUCCUGGAGAGACAGCACUGGCAUUCUAUUCAGCUAAAAACCCAACUGACAAGCCCAUAUCUGGUAUUUCUACGUACAACGUGGUUCCAUUUGAUGCAGGUCAAUAUUUCAACAAAGUUCAGUGUUUCUGUUUUGAAGAGCAAAUGCUGAAUCCUCAUGAAGAGGUUGAGAUGCCUGUAUUUUUCUACAUUGAUCCAGAUUUUGAUGAAGACCCAAGCAUGGAAAACGUUAAUACUAUAACAUUAUCUUACACUUUCUUUGAAGUUACAGAAGGCCAUUCAUAUGCCCUACCAAUUCGAUCCUGAUAACUGACAUAUGUAAACCAUAUACAAGCUGGGUGUCAAGUGUGUUUUGAAAACAAUGGGAACCCAUUUGUGUACUCUUCUAAUUGCCAGGGUGUCCAUCUGGGCAUGGUCUUAAAACAAAUUUUUUACAAUUUACAAAAGCCAUCAACUAUUAUUUAUUAUGCUACUGGAAUAUAGGCAUCUUGCUAAAGUAGAGACACCAGCAGU